AAGGGGGGCGGGGGGUAUAAAGGUUAAGGAACUCGUCUGUACCGUCCCAAAGGCAAACAAGCCUGCUAGCCUUGAGUAAAGUCCAAUGGGGAUCACACACAGACAUAACAGAGGGGACAGAGCCUGAAGGCGUUCUAACCGAGCCAAAAAAAGACCUCAGAUCCAGCGCAUGCUCCUCAGGGACCAGUCUGCUAUCAUGGAUCUUGUCCACAGCUGGGGGGUCCAGCUGGCGCAGCACCUUCAGACCAAAUACAGCGGAUACGAGGGCUUGUUCAGUCUGGCCUCCACGGUAGCCGACCUGCACACCACCUUCUUCUUCUUCUUCCCCAUCUGGUUCCACCUGCGGAGGGACACGGGGCUCCGGCUGGUCUGGGUGGCUGUCGUCGGAGACUGGAUCAACCUGGUCCUCAAAUGGGUUCUUUUUGGAGAGAGACCAUACUGGUGGGUUCAUGAGACCCACUUCUACAGGGCGGGGGCGGCCCCUUCGCUGCACCAGUUCCCCAUCACGUGUGAAACUGGACCAGGGAGUCCCUCUGGUCAUGCCAUGGGGGCUGCGGGGGUCUGGUACGUGAUGGUGACCGCUCUGCUCGCCAUCGCAGCGGAGAAACGAUGCCCGCCGUCACUGUACACUGUCUUGCAGGUGCUUCUGUGGGGGCUCAUGGUCCUGCUGGUGUUGCUGGUGUGCAUGUCCAGGGUCUACAUGGCCGCCCACUUCCCACACCAGGUCAUCGCCGGCAUUGUGGCAGGCGUGCUCGUGGCUGAAGCCGUGUCCGGGGUGAAGUGGAUCUACAGCGCUAGCUUGAGGACGUACACCUUCACCGCGGCCUUCUUGAUCUCCUUCGCGGUGGGCUUCUACCUCAUGCUCAAAGCUGUGGGUGUGGACCUCCUGUGGACUCUGGAGAAGGCCCAGCGGUGGUGCACGAAGGCCGAGUGGGUCCACCUGGACACCACGCCCUUCGCCAGCCUCCUGCGCAACACGGGCAGCCUGCUGGGUCUUGGCGUCGGCCUGAGCCUGCACUCGCCCAGGAAGACGAGCUGCGCUUUCAAGACGGUUUGCAUCGUUGCCUCGUUAGCGCUGCUGCGUCUCUUAGAUGCUUGGACAUUUUCCUCAGAGAACCUCGUAGCUUUCUACUGCUUGUCCUUCAGCAAGAGCGCAGUCGCACUUUUAAUCCCGACCGCGGUGGUUCCUUGGGCUCUCCGCUGAAUGAGCACGAGAAAUGGAGACGAGAAGAACUUGUGAUUUUUGGCCAGGAUCGAGUCGAUGUUUCAUGUUGGAAAUGUGCUUACACGUGUCAAAAGUACAACGUAGGAACCUUCAGGGCACGGGUGUCCAAAGGGCGGCCCGCGGGCCAUUUGUGCCCCGCUGCUGUUUUUUUUAUUGGCCCACGGCACAUUCUAAAAAUAUCAUUUAACAAAAAAAAGAAAAAAAACACAACAGCAAAAAUAGAAAAAUCAUCAGUUAUUUUACAAGAAUAAUGCAAAAAUAUUACAAGAAAAAAUUUGGACUCUAAAGUCGCAAUUUUAUGAGAAGAAUAUUAUGAUGAAAAAUACCGUCAUUUUAGUAGCAUAAAGUUGAAAUAUCACGUAAAAUAAUUAGAAAAAAUAUAUAUUUUUUUAAAGUCGUAAUAUUAUAAGAAACAAACACAACAACAAAUAAAGUUGUCAUUUUUGGAAAAUUAGGUUGCGGAAGAAGCUUAAUGUUACGAGAAUAAAGUCAAAAUAUUCUGGGAAUAAAGCCAUAAUUAGGAGAAGAACAUUUACAUCAAGAAAGUUGAAAUACUAAUAAUAAUAAUUAAUAAAUAAAGUCAAAAAAUUAAAAGAAAAUUGUAUUCUAACGAGAAAAAAAAGUUGCAAUUUUACAAGAAUAAACUCGUAAUAUUAUGAGGGAAAAUAAUGUCAUUUUAGUGGCAUAAAGUUCAAAUGUUUAAAAAAGACAUUUUUUAAAAGUCAUACUAUUGUGAGAAACAAACAAAACAACGAAUAAAGUUGUAAUUUUUCAAAAAUGUUAUAAUAUUACAAGACUAAAGUCAAAAUAUUAAGAGAAAAAUGUUGUAUUGUAACGAGAGAAAAAGUUUUUUCUCGUUUUUUCACUUUUGGCAGUGAAAGCAUUGUAUGGCUCUUCUCAACGAGCAGCGGGUCUCGCUUGAAACAUGAAAGAAAACAAAAAAAAUGAACAACAGAAGAAAGUUUGUUUGCAAUUCCAAACGUAUUUGUUUUGCUUUGGUUUUUGCUUGUUUUUCUUUGCUCACUUUUUGUCAAUAAAAGUGUUUUUUUGCAAAUGAGA